AUGGCCACUGUAUUGCAAGUACAGAGACUUCAGGGCCGGCCUGGAGGUGACUGCUUUUGGUACCACAGAGGAGGAGCAAUCGCCGCGUUGAACAAGGAUCUAUCAGAUUCAAAACCCCAAGUUACGGAUGCAAUGUUCUGUGCGGUAGGGAUGCUGGCGUACAUCGAGAGUCGAGUGCCUGACCUUCGAACCCAUUCCGCAAGUAUGCACAUCGCUGCGCUGGACAGGUUUCUCGAGAUGAGACACGGUAUGCUCAGCGUAGAACUAUACGGCAUGCUUCUCAGAUUGUCACUAUGGUGCGACAUCAAUCCCCCUCUGACAGUUCCGCCUGUAUCAAAUCCAAAGGCGUCGGUUGAUGCCACUUCAAACGUCAAACUACCUAUCUUCUCUAGACAUUCGGACCCCACCCUGUCCCCAUCGGACGUGUUCGAUGAUAUUCGCCGACUGGUGGCCUUGAGAGAAGAGUAUGGAUGCGAUCCGUUACCGCAUGGCAGGGACCGAGAGAGAAGUUUGGCAUAUCUUGAGCUCGUCUCCCACCGCUUGCACCGAACAGCAAGAUCUCUACCGCACUCCCUGCUUGUUAGCACGGCAGAAACAAUCGUGCUGCGGUGCAUUCGCCUGGGCCAGAUACUCUUUAUGUACACCGUAUCUCCGGCCAUGUCAGUAUCGGGAGUCUACAGCCGAUCCAUUGCUGACGCACUGCGGUUGUGCUUGGAGCAGACCAACCCAGAGAACGGCGAUGCAGUGUACUGGUCACCGGAGGUGCUAUGCUGGCUCCUUUUCAACGGGGCUAUAACUAAUCAAGCCAAGGUGACUCAGAAGUGGUAUUUCAGUCGCCUGAGAGAAUUCCUGCACUCUCAAAGCAUCUCGCACUUUGACCAGGUGGAAGUCCUGCUGCGGAAGGUGUGCUGGUUAGAGGACCAAUUCGGUGUAGCCUGUCGCACUCUGUACAGAGAUCUGGUACUUGCAGUCGAUGGCUAG